UAUAUAUUGAAAAGAGAAACAUUUUUGUAUUAUUUAAAAAAUGAGUGCAGCUCAAAAACGCUCUCUGGUAUUUUCGCGAGCAGAUAAACUAGCUUUAAUUAACGCCAUACAAAAGAAGAUGGUCAUUUGGGAUCCUUCACAUCCAAUGCAUUCGAAUCUUCAAGCAAUAAAUCAAGCUUGGAGGGAAGUCGCUCACCAGCUAAAAAAAGAUGUUACCCUCUGUCGUGAAAGCUUUAAGGUAUUGCGCGAAAACUACCGAAACUAUUCGAAGCGCAUCAAAUUAUCUGGACCAGAUGGGGACCCAUUAAGUAGCGAAGAAGACAUCGAUGUCGACUUGGAAUUUGGAGAGCGCAUGUCCUUUCUAUCGGAUGUUUGUUCAAGACGCAAGACCCACCGAACUGCUUCAAAAGGAUCGAAUCGUACGAGCAACAAUUCCUCAAACCAUAAAACCUACGAACCACAGAGUGAAGCCUGGUCAGACAAUAUUGAAGAUAAUUAUAUAACGGGCAAUGGACCUGCGGUUCAGCUGCCCGAAGUUUCUAUUGAUGAGGAGGAAGAAAAGUACAGCGCCAUUCUCAACAUGUCUGGCAGCAACAUUUGCAAAGAUGAGCAUCAAUUCCAAAUCAAUUCCACAUCUUCAACUCAGCCGGAAGCAGCGCGCUUUGAUGAGGACGAACAAACAUCGAGUAGCUAUUCACACGCAAGGAGUCAUGUAAAUCCUGAUCUGCUUGCAUCAAUGUUCGUCAAAAUGAUGAAACAACAAAAGGCUCUGCUUGCGCAGCAACAGUCGACCCUGCAAUAUCCGGAAGUGUAUGCAUUCUGGGACAGUAUUAUAAAGGAUAUUCCACCUGAGGCAUUGUCGGAAAUCAAGUUUGAAGUCACGGCAUUACUGCACAAUAUAUACAAGAAAUACAAACAAUAAUAUAAACGUAUACGUAAAUGUAUUGAACUAUGAACCCUUGAUGUUUUCCAACAGACAGUCGGCUCGUUUUAUUGUCGCCUCGUUGAUAUAAUCUUAAAGCUUAUAAAUAUACUGAAUAGUUGCCUGUAACGAAAAUAUAAUGCUCAUGAUAUUGAUAA